AGCCGCCUCCAGAACUUCCUGCUUCCGGCUACGUACAGGAUGUGCAGCUCCGUUACCAUGGAGAUGCUACAUCGCGGAAGUUGCGGUUGCUAGGGACACUGGGAGACGAGAUGGAGGCGCGGGUGCCGGAUUGUUUGCGCUGGAGCAGCCGGGAUGUCGGGGGCUGGCUCAGGCGGCAGGGAUUCCCGCAGUAUGAGGCAUGUUUUACAGAGAACUGCAUCAAUGGCAGGAAACUUAUCUAUGUUACAUGCUCCAGCCUCCCUCAGAUUGGAGUCACUAACUUCCAGGACAUGAAGGCCAUCUCACAGCUGAUCAGAGAUCUGCUGGGUGUCAUGGAGCCCUCCUGGAGCCGCAGCAUCUCCCUGCCACGGAGAGACCCCCUGGGCCUGUUCCUGGAGCAGAAGUCUCAGACAGGGGUGAACCACGACUUGCUCACCUACGAUCAGUUCAUCAAGGAGUCACCGUAACCCCCAAAGCAGCUCGGCGUGACCUCAGCGGCGUCUGUGCUGGAACAGAAAGAGUUUCUGCAUGUGUGUUAGACCAUAUGGACACCUCUAUAGCCCUGCUGUGUUACAGAGCAGCCAAUGUACUGUAUAUAUUCUCUGUUUUCCUAUGGAUGGCUGUCACAUCUGCAGGUCUUCUCCUGUACACUGGCAACAACACUGUUUCCCCCGCUGUAAUAAAACCAAAAGAUAGUGACGGA